UCAUUUAAUUCAUUAGGAUUAUUAAACGGAACACACAAACGACACACUAAUUGCAAGGAGGAAUUAUGGGCGAAGCGAACGGUACGCGGGUUGGAAAACGGCAGGUAGACGCGGGGAAUUCCGGCACCAAGACAAAGUUUAGGGCCUACGUGCUCUGGCUCUUCGGUGGAAUUUUUGGGGCCCAUCACUUUUACCUCGGCAGGGAUGACCAUGGGUUUCUAUGGUGGUGCUCGCUGGGUGGAUACUUUGGGGCCGGCUGGCUCAGGGAUCUUUUCAAGAUACCCGGAUACGUAUCGGACGCAAAUAAUGAUCCGGAGUACAUCGAGUGGUUCAAAAAUCAAGUCCGAACCAACAAUAAGCCACCGUUUUCGACGAGUCGGUUCAUCGGCGCGGUUGUGAUAUCUUACUUAUGGGGCGAACUGGUCUACAUGGCAAUCCCCGAGGAUGAGGUAUAUGGCAUCAACUUCAAGCCACUAAUGAUCCUGAUUCCAGCAGCCGUCGCAUUAGGUGUGUGGGUGGUCGGUAACGUCGGUCGCGAGGAGGGUUCGAUUUGGGUGGCCCUGGCCGCAGCCUACGUUUGUUAUCCGACGCUGACCUACCUCGGUGACGACAGCACGUGGAUGUCGGUGAUGGUCCUGACCUCGGCGAUCUCUUUUGACACCUGGAGCAAGCGGUGGCGGCUUAAACCGAAGAAGAAACGAGGCCUCGUCCGCAGGCUAACGAUCCUCGGGCUCGCGGCUUUGCUCUACACGUCGCUCUGGGGCAGCUACUUCGUAUUCAACGCCAGGUUCACCGACAGCGAGGGCGAGGAGAUCAAGAUAUCCGAGGCCGUCAAGCACUUCCUCACGUCCCCCAUUUGGCUCGAUCUUAAGGCCAGCUUGCACGAGACUUGGAGACACGCUCAGCACCACGGAUUUUGGGCUACCUGGAGACAGUUGGUCGACCUAACUGACCCGAGGGGCGAGAUAAACGCGUACAAGGUCUUGGGCCUGUCGCAAACGGCUUCGCAGAGCGAGGUGACGGCCAAGUGGAGAAGCCUCUCGCGAGAGAAUCACCCUGACAAGGUUAAGGGUUCGGAGGAUGAGAGGCGACUCGCGCAGGAGAAGUUUAUGGAGAUACAGCAGGCCUACGAGAUACUUUCGAGUGCGAAGAAUCGGAGACAGAGCAGGAAUCGAAAGCCUGCUUGAGAAUUGCAAAGAAUUCAACUGCGGCAGGAGGAGGCCAGCAGAAAAUCGCAACGCUCAAUGCACUAUUCGACAUUCCUAUAAUAACGGUUAUUAUUUUUAUGACGAUGACAUAUUGUUAGGUAAUAAAGUAUUGUUAAACCGUAUUG